AGCCACAGCUGGACCUGAAGCCGAGGCCGUUUUCACCGCACGGACUUGGACUUAACCUUUGGAACCCUCCGAGGGAAGGCGCUUGCUGGGGCUUUGCCUUGAAGGUCUCUGGCUGGGAAAGAAAACAGGAGGCAGAUUAAGAGGCAGAGGGAGGGGAGAAAGAAAGUGAGAUAAGGAACGAGGAGGAGAGCGCCAGUCGAAGGUCAGAAGGAGACACCUGACCUCUGAGCAUGCAGCGGGACCAGAGCGAGCACUUCCUCUGAAGCUGAGGAGCAGCGGCCACGCCAGACGCCAGCCACAGAACCGACGCUCCUCACCAUGUUUGAUUUAAGCGCAGACCAGGAUUCACAGAGCAUGUGCCGGAAAAGCCACUUUGUCCCCGGAUGAUUGAAGAGCGAAGCAGACAGAUACCUGCCACAGCCACCUGCUCCUCCGCCGCCGCCGCCGUCCGCUCCUCCACGCUCCACUAUGGUGGUACCAGCUCUGCUCUUAUGGAUUCUGUACAUCAGCCACCUCUGCUCAGGACAGGACUACAUGGACUUUUUCCAGGACGGAGACACGGGCACAGAGGCUCCACUGCUGCCCGACGACCAGCCCAGUUUGGAGACGGUGUCCAGCAUGGACGAGCUGCUGCAGCUGGUCUAUCCUGAGUACAACCUGCUCCAGCACUGUCUGAGGAGGAGAUCCUGGGAGCACGCCGCCUCCUCUGUCAGCCCGCGGCUCCACAGCGAGGAGCUGUGGGGCCAGAUGAGGAAGGAGGCGCUCUACAAAGUGGACGGAACCUUUGGAGCCAUCCUGGAGGAGAUCCAGCGGACCUCCUGUCAGCCCAGAGAGGUCUGCAUCGAGGUGGCCAAGGAAUACCCGGAGUCCACCAGCCAGUUCUACCUGCCUCGCUGCGUGGCUCUGCACCGCUGCGGAGGCUGCUGCACCAAGGAAGCCUUCUACUGCACCAACACCAGCCACUCGCUGGUCAACAAGACGCUGAUGGAACUGUCCCCGCCCACCAUGGAGCGCUCGGUGGUCACGGUAACCUUCGUCAACCACACGGCCUGCGACUGUCUUCCCAAGAGGCCGCUGCACUCCAUCAUCAGGCGCGCGGCUGCAGACCACCUGUGCUCUCCUCCAGAUGUCCCCUGUAAAUCCGGCUUCUUCUGGGAUCCAGUCAACUGCGUGUGUGUGUCCGCAGACUCCAUCAGCUACUCGGCAAGAGAGACGGAGGCGCUGGACUCCGGCCUGCUGGCUCUCUGUGGUCCCAACAAGGUCUUGAAAGAGUCCACCUGCGAGUGCGUCUGUCGGAACGGACUGACCGAGGCCAGCUGCGACCCAGGCUGGAAGCUGGACCGGGACUCCUGUGAAUGUCAGUGCGAAGGGCAAGCCGAGGGCAAGUGGUGCCCCCCUGGGCAGAGGUGGGACGACGAGCUGUGCGGGUGCGUGUGCGCUGCGGCGUGUCCGAGGAACCAGCCCCUCAACCCUGACACCUGCCUCUGUCAGUGCAGAGAAAGUCCACAGUCCUGUCUGCGGCAGGGGAGGAGAUUCAAAUCCAGCACCUGCAGUUGCUACAGGUUACCGUGCCGCAGCACCAAACCUCCGUGCGCCGCCGGCUUCUACUACAGCCACCAGGUCUGCCAGUGCAUCCCAAACUACAUGAGGCCAGACUGGAACUGAUGGAGUGCCUCUCAACUGCCAGCCCUCAAACACCAGCUCAGACUCUUGGGAGAGCGGCGUGCACGUGCGUGCAAGCACAGUGGGUCAUAUGAAGAUGACAAGUCGUCCGACUUGAAAUACAA